GGGGCUCCGAAUCGCCGGAGACGCCGACGCGAUGCACACGCAGCAACCUGGCUUUGGCCAGCCUCAGUACGGCUACGGCAACAGCCAGUCCCAGUACGAUAACAGCCAGUCCCAGUACGGCAACAGCAACCAAGGCAGCUACGAGCAGCAAGGCAGCUACGGCCAGCAAGGUGGCUACGGCCAGCAGUACAACCAAGACUACAGCCAGCCGGGCUACCCGCAGCAGCCCGCGUACAACCAACCCACGUACCACCAGCCGCCGCCGCAAAACCAAGGGGGAAAUGCCCCUUGGUUCACGGGUGGCGAUAGCGCGCCGACGAGCGACUUGACUGGCUCGAUGGGCCGCAUGGGUGACGGGCCGCCGCCUUCGGGCCGGUAUGGCAGCCGCGACGACGAAGACUACGAGAACGAGCCACCGCUCCUUGAAGAGCUUGGCGUCAACUUUGGGCAUAUCUGGAUGAAGACGCAGUCAGUGCUGUUGCCGACCAAAGAGAUCACGGAGCAUAUCCUCGACGACACGGACCUCGCGGGCCCGCUCGUGUUUUGCUUUGUCUUUGGCACGUGCUUGCUGCUGAGCGGGAAGAUCCAUUUCGGGUACAUCUACGGCUUUGGCGUCUUUGGCUGGGUCUUUAUGUGGGCGAUCAUGAACCUCCUGUCACCGACGCGCACGAUCGAUAUUUACCGUGUCUGCUCCGUGCUUGGCUACUGCUUGCUGCCGAUCAUCCUGCUUGCAGCCGUCAACAUUGUCGUCUCCGUCAAGAGCCUCAACUACAUUGGCCUCGCGCUCGCGUUCCUCAGCGUUGCGUGGAGCACGCAGACAGCGACGCGCUUCUUCGAGAAGGCGCUGCACAUGCACGACCAGCGCUUCCUCAUCGCAUACCCGACGGCCAUGGUCUACAGCUGCUUUGUGCUCAUCACGGUGUUUUAAACCAAUAUAGCACUCGUCAUAUGUGGCAUGCCA